GGGAGGAGCUUCCAGAGCUGCCAGGUAGCUAAUGUCGCGUUUGGUCGCAGUGUAUUAUUGUAUGGAGGUCAUUCAAUAUGGCGUCUCACUUUAGCGGAGUUUUACAACUGACUGAUUUGGAUGAUUUUAUCACACCGUCACAGGAAUGUGUGAAGCCAGUGAAAGUGGACAAGAAGCAGGGGCGAUCUGUGGCCAAAAUCCAGAUUGAAGAUGAUGGCUCUUACUUUCAGGUUAAUGAGGAUGGCCGAAUGCAGAAGCUGGAGAAAGCCAAGAUCACUCUGAAUGACUGUUUGGCCUGUAGUGGCUGCAUCACGUCAGCCGAGAGCAUCUUAAUCACCCAGCAGAGUCAUGAGGAACUAUACCGAGUGCUCCGCCUCAAUAAGCAGAGUAGCAGCAGUGAGCAGAAGCUGGUUGUAGUGUCAGUGUCACCACAGUCUCGGGCUUCCCUAGCCACACGCUACUCUCUCAACAGCAGCGAGGUGGCCAGGAGGCUUACAACCUUCUUCAAAAAUCUGGGUGUUCAUUAUGUAUUUGACACUGGAUUCAGUCGCACCUUCAGCCUGCUGGAGAGUCAGAGAGAGUUCCUCAAGAGGUUUGCUCGGAAAGGGGAGGACAAGAAAGCCUUGCCCAUGCUGGCAUCUGCCUGCCCAGGUUGGAUCUGCUAUGCUGAGAAGACCCAUGGUGACUUCAUCCUGCCUUACAUCAGUACAACCCGUUCUCCUCAACAGAUGAUGGGCUCACUGGUCAAGAGAUUCUUCGCUAGUCAGCAGGGUGUUGAACCGCAAAAGAUUUACCAUGUGACCGUGAUGCCUUGCUAUGACAAGAAACUGGAAGCUUCCAGACCUGAUUUCUACCUUAGCGAGGCAGAGACCAGAGAAGUGGACUGUGUCAUUACAUCAGGAGAAGUUCUCAAGAUGUUGGAAGAGGAAGGCGUGUCUCUGUGUGAUAUAGAGCCAGCACCUUUAGAUACUAUGUUCAGUAAUGUGUGUGGUGAGGAGCUGCUGUGUCAUGCUGGGAGUGGUUCAGGAGGAUAUCUUCAUCACGUCUACACUCGCGCUGCCAAACAACUCUUUGGAGUUGAAGUGGAGGAACUCACAUACAAGACUCUCAAAAACAAGGACUUCCAGGAAGUCAUUCUAGAGAAAGAUGGAGAAGUUCUUCUGCGCUUUGCUGCCACCUACGGCUUCAGGAAUAUUCAGAACCUCGUGCAGAAGUUGAAGAGAGGAAAGUCACCGUACCAUUUUGUAGAAGUCAUGGCAUGUCCAUCAGGGUGCCUGAAUGGCGGAGGUCAGCUGAAGCCUGUAGCAGAUCAGUCCAACAAGGAGCUGCUGCAGCAGGUGGAGGUGGCAUACAGAGUGGAGCAGCCGUCUGCACCCGAGGAGGAUCAGCGUGUUGCUGAGCUUUACCACACAUGGCUAAAGAGUAUGGGAGAGGAGAAAGCACGAGAGCUACUUCACACGCAGUAUCACGCAGUGGAGAAAAGCACCAAUGGACUCACCAUCAAGUGGUGAAAAUCUGAAAGCCUGGUGUGUGAAUCGUCUGAAAUCUAUAAAGCAGCAAAGUGAUGCAUGGAAUAUGAUCUCCAGCACGGCAAUUCAGGACAAGUGUUAGAGUAAUGAGCUCAUGAUCACAAUCUUGAGAAAAUUCUUGUAUAAUAAAGUACAAUCAGCGUUCAUGUGUAGUUGUUUCAGCACAUGAUUAUAUGCAUAAAGGCAUAACCACUUUUCCCAAGCUUACCAGCUGAUUUAUUUUCUGCGGCUUUGUACUGGGCAUCACGUACGAGUGCUCCAGUAUUUCAUGACAACUUUCAUGACAAUUCCAUAAGUACAGAAGCAAGACUGAUGCUCCUCAAAGUCAUCUGUUUUGAAAUGAGUAAGUUCACAGACUCAGUUGUGUAGCGUUUGUCUGUGAAGCCUCCACAUACUGUUUUUUGCUCUGUAGUUGCAUCAUGUUGUGUGUGGGAGCAAGCCGAACAUCAUCUCCCCAUGAAGUAUGCUGAGUCCUUAGUUUGUCUAAACACAGAAAAAAAAACUAAGCACAAACUUUAUUCAACUUAUUAUGUAUUGUUAAUUAUUUUAGCUAUAAUCUAAUCCAUCCAAUACUUUAUUGACUGAUAAAUUGUGCUUUAAUUUACUGAAUCUGUUAUUCUGGGGGUAAGGCCCCUGUGUCAAUGUAAUGCAAUAUAUUCACUGUAAAAAUAAAUUCUGUUCUCUUUAAUUGACCAUAAGACAGAUAGAUCCAGCUGUCAUGGCAAACCAGUGGCACAGAACAUCAAUGAAAACAGCUAUCGUUGCAUUUUUUAGAUUAACAAGAAUUGUGAAACUGAUGCUUUUUAUUUUUUCAAGUCUGAAGUAAUUUCCCCAAAACUUGUCCCACCCUGAACAUUAAUGGCAGCAAUCAGAAAAGUUCUCUAUUCCUCUGGGUGAAGUAUUUCCAGUUCCAUUGCUUAGCUGACUUAUACAUUACACGAGGAGAGUGAUCAGCAUCAUACUCAACAAAAAAAUGAGGCCAUUUGCCAUUUCUCUGAACUUGAAAGACCUACUUUUUAUUAUUUUAAAUAUUUCAUAUACAUAGGAAAAAUAAUCGUUGAUAGAACAAUCAAAUUACUCUGCUUUGCAUUUGCAGGUACCUUGAAUAAUUUACAAUGUUAAGAAAAUGUGUUUGAAUAAAUGAUCAUAUGUAUAUAAGUUAUUCUUACUAUAUUUAUUUAGGAAAUAAACAUUACUGAAUAUGUUUAAUAAAAACUUGUUUACAUUUAA